UUCUUUCAGUGUUACACCUUCCGGGUUGGGGACGCUCCUCCCCGUGUUGCCCCCACGUGUGUGCAGAAGUGUGUUGAUAUUUUCUGUGUGUUAUUUUACACCGCUGUGUGUCUGUUUUAGUAGGAUUUAAGGUUUAUUUUGUAGACAUGGAUCUUGCCUCCAGGGAUUCGUAUAUUCAGAAGCUCGCGAGUAAAGUCUGUUCUCAACGAGAGCAGGAACCAAAGAAGAGGCCGUUUGUACAUUUCAAGGGUAAAACUGACACUGGACCUCCAAAGAAGAAGAAAAAGUGCAAAAAGAAGCAUUUUAAAGAAAAGGUUGCAGAUGAGAAGACUCAGAAACCCCCCAAGAAGUCUCCACCCGUGACGGCACAGAAGGGCCAGACUGCAGUGAAACUGAAUGGAACCAACAACAAGAGCGUAAAUGGAUCCACACCACAGCCACCUAAAGGAGGAAAAGUAGAGUCCAGUUUCUCCACAGUGGAUGUUCUUCGCAAGAGACUACAUGAAAAGAUCGAAGAGUCCAGAGGGCAGGGAGCUCCUAAGGAUGCAUUAUCAGAGGCCACCCAAGCAAAGCGAGCCAAACGAAAACUGGAGCGUGAGCGAAAGAAAAGGAAGAGGAAAGAGUUCCGCUUGAAGAAACUGGCAGAAAAAAAUGCAGAAGAAGAAGAGCAGCCGGAGAUAAAACAGGAAUCAGAACAACCUGCUCCGGCUGCAAACAAAAGAAACCCAACUGCCAUCAUCUUCAACAAAGUGGAGACGGUGGAGGAGGGAUACGUGGACAAAAUCCAGAAAAAGAAGAAUAAGAAGCAGAGCAUGAAGGGUCAGAUAACUCCGCUCACGGGGAAGAACUACAAACAGCUGCUCAGCCGCGUGGAGGCUCGCAAGACAAAGCUGGAGCAGCUGCGCGAGAAGGACGAGGGGAAAGCGCGCGAGAUGGAGGAGAAGAUGAAGUGGACCAACAUUCUCUACAAGGCAGAGGGCAUCAAAAUCAAAGACGACGAGAACAUGCUGCGGACAGCACUGAAGAAGAAGGAGAAGAACCGCGGGCAGAGGAAGAAGAACUGGAACACGCGCAGCCAGAACGUCGUGGAGAAGAUGCAGCAGCGGCAGGACAAGAGACAAAGGAACAUCAGGAAAGGCAAGCAGAUGAAAUCGGAGAAGAAGAAGGACAGGGCGAGGAAGAAGGGCAGAGUGCUGCCUGAGGACUUGAAAAGAGCUGCCUAGAGAUGAUAGACUGAUGGAUGAAACAAGAGAACAUUUAUAAUUCACAAUGAGUAGAAUAUAAGUUUCUUUUCAUGGGAGUGUAAAAUUAUUACUUCUUAACGUCUGUGAAGGACAAACAUGUGUUGUGGUCAAUAAAAUGAACGUGUUGACUUAA